CGAUUAAAAAUCCUUUCCACUGCGUAGUUGAAGAAGAUCAUUAACAGUCGGUGAUGCUUCUUUAUCGUCGAUUCUAUCACGGUUCAACAACGAGCUACGGCUGACACUGAAUGUCGUCGUAACGUUAGGAAAGAAGAAAAAAAAUAAUCAUCCUAUUCAUUUACAAAGGGCAACGUAACGAAUGUAAUCGACUAACAAACAUGACUGGGAUCAGCUUUGAAAAAGUAAUUAAGGGAAGAAUUCCUCUCUUAAAAUGGUUACCUCUCUACAGAGGCAAAGAUGCGCUCGGUGACCUCGUUGCUGGUCUCACAGUCGGACUGACCUUGAUACCUCAGGCGAUAGCCUAUGCAGGAUUGGCUGGCUUAAGUCCGCAGUAUGGCCUUUACAGUGCGUUAAUAGGAAGCUUCGUUUAUAUCGUUUUUGGUACUUGUAAAGAGGUCAAUAUCGGUCCCACCGCUCUAAUAUCCUUGCUGACGUUCACUUAUGCGAGGGGAAUUCCAGAGUAUGCAAUUCUUCUCUGUUUUCUAUCAGGUUGUGUAACCAUUAUCUUUGGUAUUCUGCGGUUAGGAUUCUUAGUAGAAUUCGUGUCGAUACCUGUUGUUGCUGGGUUUACAUCUGCAACGAGUCUGAUAAUCGCUUGCAGUCAAAUCAAAGGUCUGUUGGGCUUGAAAAUACACGCCGAAAGUUUCUUGGAUAUAUGGAAGGAAUUGUAUAAUAAUAUCGGCCAAACGAGACUGCCAGAUCUUAUUCUGUCUUGCUGCUGCAUUUUCGUUCUGCUACUUUUAAAAAUUCUUAAGGAUAUCAAGUUUCGAAAUCAAUUCCUGAAAACGUUCUUUUGGUUCCUAGGAACAGGCAGAAAUGCUCUUGUUGUUCUCCUUUGUGCAGUAGCUUCAUAUAUUUUUGAAAUUCGGGACGGAGCUCCUUUCCUUCUUACAGGACAUAUCAAUGCUGGCUUACCACGAGUGGAAUCCCCAUCCUUCACGAUAACCGUUAGAAAUGAAACUCAGACUUUCCUCAAUAUUUGUAAACAUUUUGGCUCUGGUAUUAUUGUUGUGCCAUUGAUCUCUAUUAUCGGGAACGUUGCCAUUGCCAAGGCCUUCUCACGCGGACAAACUCUGGAUGCCACGCAAGAGAUGUUAACUUUAGGAUUGUGUAAUGUAAUCGGUUCAUUUUUCCAAUCCAUGCCAAUUACUGGUUCUUUCUCAAGAAGUGCUGUAAACAAUGCCUCAGGUGUAAGAACUCCAUUAGGUGGACUUUAUACAGGUAUUCUGGUCAUACUUGCCCUAAGUUUAUUGACACCGUAUUUUUAUUACAUACCUAAAGCUACUUUAAGUUCGGUUAUAAUAAGUGCGGUCAUAUUUAUGAUAGAAAUAAAUAUAAUACGGCCGAUGUGGAGAAGCAGUAAAAGAGAUCUUAUUCCGGCUUUCAUCACAUUUUUCGCAUGCUUGUUCGCUGGUGUUGAACUAGGAAUUUUGAUAGGCAUCGCGAUCGAUCUACUUAUAUUAAUUUAUUUCAAUGCACGACCAACCAUGUACAUUGAAUAUAGAAAUAAUCCCAUAGCGAAUUACGUUCUCGUUCGUCCUAGUGCUGGACUUCUAUUUCCCGCUGUUGAUUACCUGAGGAUAUACUUGACUGAAACGUUGAAUGAUGAUAAAUAUAAAAAAUCAUUAAAACAUUCAAAAAACUUAAAAUAUAUUGUACUGGAUUGUGGAUAUAUCGAUAAAAUCGAUUUUACUGCAGCACAGGGCAUUAGUACUCUGAUCAAAGAUUUCAAAGAUAAUGAUCGCUUCUUAAUAUUGUUACGACCAACUGUAGAAAUUUUACAAAGUAUACAAUCUCUUAUCAAUGAAUCGAUCGUUACUGCUAAAACAGACGUGGAGUUGUUAACCAUUUUAAAAGAAUUCAAUGAAAUGAAAUGCAUAGAUUCAGAAAGCUAUGCCAUACCUGAUGAUUUUAAAAGAAAGACUGUCGUCGAUAUGAGGGACGAAUUUGCAAGUACAAAUUUGUGAUUUAUUUUUUAUCAAUCCAUCGAUAAUAAUAAAUACGACACCGCUAAGUAUUAUUCCUCGCAUAAUCUCCAACAGGCUUGUUUUAUAAACAUAAUAAUGAAUACUAUUAAAGAAUACAGGUGUAAUACAAUAUCUUACAAUCAAUAAUUUUAUUUUUUCAUUACAAAAUGUGUACGGUGUAUAAACUAUAUAAUAAUUAAUAACAAUGUUUCAUAUAAACCAAAAGAAAAACUUAAUGAUUAGAAAUACUCAUUUGUAUAUUACUUUAUAACAAAGUUUUUAUACGUUAAAUAUAAUAGAACUUUUUUGUUA